GUUCUACCUGACAGGGACUGAGAAGUGAGAAAGCGACGCUAGAGUGGUACUUCUGACUUCUACUUGGCUCUCUUUGGCCCUAUAGCUGCCUUUCUUAACCUUAAGACGAACUUGGAAAGUCUCUGUCGGAUGAGGACUGAGGAAGUAGUGCCUGAAAUAGUUUUAAAGGCAGCUGUGUUUCGUUACAGCUGCCAAGCAGCUUAAUAAUUUUAUUACCUCCCGUGUAGUAAUGGCUUCAGAGGUGGCACCGAGGGUCGAUCUGACUGAGGCGGAGGAGCUUGCCCGGUCUCUGACUGAAGCCCUCAGCAGCGGGGACUCUGAAGAAGCAGCUAAACUGUGCCAGAGGCUGACUCAGCUCUCCGUCGGGGUGUCAGUCAACAUCAACAGUCAGAUCUACCCCCAGGAAUCCAUAAGGUUGAAGGUUGGAGUGGAGGAUGGACAGUCAGAAGACAAUAUCCCUGUGAUUCUUGAGGUUGCUACUGGCAUGACAAUCGCACAAUUAAAAGACAAGAUCAGCCAAGAUUUUGGGUUCCACCCUCUGCUGCAGCGCUGGGUGAUUGGGAAGCGGCUAGCUCAGGACCAGGAAACAUUAUAUAGCCAUGGGAUUCGAAAUAGUGGAGACCAGGCUUUCCUGUUUAUCAGGUCUGCCCAUGCUGCUCAUCUCACACGGCAUCAGCACAACCUGGACCAGGAGCAACAACGUAUAGAUGGUAUCAUGGAGUCGAUGCAAUCACUGCAGCUGUUUCCCAGAGGUCUGGAUGGAGGUGGUGGUGAGAAGAUAGUUCCUCCUCCUCUUCCUCCUAGAGACCAAACUGCUACUGUACCCAAGCCUCCUGUGGCACCUAAACCUCAGUUGGGAUGGGCCUGUUCAGUGUGUACAUAUCUGAACAAGCCAACACGUCCUGGCUGUGAGAUGUGCGGAGGGGAACGGCCAGCAGAAUACACUGUGCCUGACAUCUACCAGCCAGAUGAGGAGGAGAUUAAGAGGAUCCAGCAGGAAACACUUGCCAUGAUGCAGUACGAACAGGCUCAGCGGAUGGAACGAGAAGAGAACUAUUUGCACUUGUUGGCAACAGAAGAACAGAACCUUAUCUCAAAUGCCAACGAGGCAGAUUGUCCAAUUUGCUUCAGUAAUCUGCAGCCAGGAGAGGGCAUCGUGCUCAGAGAAUGUCUCCAUACCUUCUGCAGGGAGUGUCUAAAAGGGACAAUAGUAAACAGUCAAGAUGCUGAGGUGUCCUGUCCUGACAACUGUGACAGCAAAUUACUGGACCGAGAGAUCAAAGAGCUGCUCACGGAAGAGGAACACCAGCGGUUUCUGGAGUUGCGUCUGAGCAUUGCAGAGAGCCGCUCAGAGCACAGCUUCCACUGUCAGACUCCCAACUGUCGUGGGUGGUGCAUCUAUGAGGAUGAAGUCAAUGAAUUUCACUGUGAACUCUGCGACGAAACCAACUGCAUUCUCUGCAGGGCCAUCCACAAAGACAUGAAUUGCAAGGACUACCAGGAUGACCUGCGUGUAAGAGCAGAGAAUGAUGAAGCAGCUCAGAAAACUAAACAGAUGCUGGAGAGCCUGCUGCAGAAUGGGGAAGCCAUGAAAUGCCCACGGUGUGACAUCAUUGUCCAGAAAAAAGAUGGAUGUGACUGGAUCUGCUGCUUGAUGUGCAAAACAGAAAUCUGUUGGGUCACUAAACAAGCUCGAUGGGGCCCAAAUGGCAGCGGUGACAUAACUGGUGGAUGUAGAUGUCGAGUCAAUAAUCAGCCCUGUCAUCCUAACUGCCAAAACUGUCACUGAGGGAAGAACACUAAUGAACUCAUAUUAGAACCUCCAGUGAAAGCGAUUACACUGUCUGGAUAAAUUCAAACCACAUCUCGUGCUCAGAUCUCCGAUUUAAUGGUAGUUUGAUUUAUUUCACCCUCUCUUUCACUGGUAUAUGGACAAAACUCAUCAUCUAUCUUGCUUGCAAUGCAUCCAGGUGUAUUAAAAACUGUUGUUAGUACAGUGUGAGGGGGAAAACAGUUAUACUUGGAGUUUUUUUUGCCACAAUACCUUCUUAUCUCUAGCUAUUGCUUUCUUCUAGUUCAAUGAGCCAAUUGUGAUACUAUUUACUUGAGUUUGGAUUCGACUCAGAAUUUAUCAGAACACGCAUACUGAGGUAACAUUUUACUUUUCUGAACAAAGAUGCAAAAGGUCUUUGUGCUUAUACAGUAUAUAAUAUUAGCACUCCAAAGAUGACGGUGCAUGAUAAGGGCUUUCUUGUUUAUUUUGUCUAUAAAGUCUGAUGAUAAAUAGCAAUAUUUUUCAUUAAUUUAUUUUACAACUAAGAAUUUUAUCUAUCAAACACCAGGGCAGUUGUGGUUAUAAGUACUAUUAAGGUCUUACCAAUAUAAAUGGUCAGCACUUUCUGUUUAAAGUUACUGUUUUUGUUUGAUAUGUUAUUAAAAUAAAUGGCUGGUUAUGGGAUUGUUCAGUCGACAAAUCAGACUUUUUUUUGUUUACAUUGAAUGAAUGUACUCAUAAUGAAAAACAGAUUGCUCUAAUGCACUUAAUGGCUAUAAAGUAUCAUGUGUAUAAUGUCUUUCUCUGCAACUAAUUCCUGUAUUAAUUCCUAAAGAAUUACAGGAACUAAAUUACUACACAUAAAUUAUAUGUGAUGUUGCAUUAAAGCUUGUUGUUAGGCUUUACAUUCUAUGUCUUGAGUCAUGAAGCACCAUGUAUUUUAAAUAUGGACAUUAUGAUGUAACUGUAUAUCUAAACAGAUUUUAAAAAUGAGCUUAAGAUCAGCUCAAGCAUC